AUGAUCCGGCAUGCUAAUGGUCGGCCCAAUGAUGGACUGUUACGACACCCUGCUGAUGCUGAGGCAUGGAAAUCAUUUGAUGCAAGAUAUCCUGACUUCGCUUGUGAUCCUAGAAAUGUGAGGCUUGGUCUUUCUUCGGAUGGGUUUAACCCAUUCAAAUUAUUAAGUACUUCUUACAGCACUUGGCCAGUUGUGUUGAUCCCUUAUAACUUGCCACCGUGGAUUGGGAUGAAACAAACUUCUUUUCUUUUGUCAAUGAUUAUUCCUGGGGACAAAGGGCCUGGAAACGAUAUUGACAUAUACUUACAACCUCUUAUUAAAGAGUUAAAGCAAUUAUGGGUUGGUGUAGAGACAUACGAUGCAUCUGUAAGGAGAAAUUUCAAUAUGCGGGCUGCCUUGUUAUGGACUAUUAAUGAUUUCCCUGCUUACGCAAAUUUAUCAGGUUGGAACACUAAAGGGAAAUAUGCUUGUCCUUGUUGUGCUGCAGAAACUUCAUCACAAUGGUUAACCGAUGGCCGAAAGAUGCAUCGAGCUCCUUCAGUUACUACUGGAUAUGAUAUUUUAUUAAUGUUGAAAGAGAUGCAAUUUUCUUAUGGAAAGCAUGGCAAAAGCAAAAUAAAAAAAUCAAACAAUAAUAACUCUUCGAAGAAAAGACCACGGCAAUUAUCCAAUAUUGACUUGGAUACUGAUGAUGAUGAAAUACAGGAAGAGGAAUCAACUGAAGCAAGUUUGUGGAAGAAGAGAAGCAUAUUCUUUUAUUUACCAUAUUGGCAGCACAACCUACUUCGCCACAACUUGGAUGUUAUGCACAUUGAGAAGAAUGUUUGUGAAAAUAUUGUUGGAACAAUUCUUAAUGUUGAUGGGAAGUCAAAAGAUAAUCUAAAAUGCAGACUUGAUUUGGUUGACAUGGGAAUUCGUCGAGAGCUUCAUCCUCAAUAUCUUCCCAAUGGCAAAACAAGACUACCACCGGCUUCUUUCUCCAUGACAAAAAAAGAAAAAGACCUAUUUUGUCAAGUCUUGAAGACUAUAAAAGUCCCAGAUGCUUACUCUUCGAAUAUAUCAAAAUGUGUAAAUCAGAAGGAGCGAAAACUUCAGUCUUUAAAAUCACAUGAUUAUCACAUAUUGCUGCAUGAUUUGCUUCCAAUUGCUUUGAGGUCAUCCAUGUCAAAGCAAGUGACUCACGCCAUUUCAGAGCUUUGUAACAUAUUCAAAAUUAUUUGCGGUAAAGUUCUUAAGGUGGAAGAUCUUGACAACCUUCAAUAUCGAGCAACAAUAGCUUUGUGUCACUUAGAAAAAAUUUUCCCACCUGCAUUCUUCACUGUAAUGGUGCACUUGGUUGUUCAUCUACCAAUGGAGGCCAAAAUCGGUGGACCUGUGUACUAUCGAUGGAUGUAUCCAAUCGAGAGGUAUUUGGUUGAUGUUGAAACAAUAUUUGAUAGACCUGGGAGAAAUUUAACACAAGUGCACCAUGAGCUACUUGUAAAGUCGUAUUUAUUUGAAUGUGGUGGAGAACCAAUAGGGAAAGUUGAAGUGCCACAGUUAGAUGAUAGAUCAUGGGCACAAGCACAUCGUUAUGUGUUAUUCCACUAUAAAGCUAUUGACUCACUCCAAAUUGAGUAUAGAAAUAUCUUGAAAGAUCAAACAAGAGGUCGACGUUCAAAUGCUCGUGAUCUCGAUAGGAAAUUUACCGAAACUUUUCAUGAAUGGUUGGGAGAAACGGUUUCUCAUGGGAAAAAUGUGUCAGAAGAAAUAAAAUUUCUUGCGCAAGGUCCAAAUAGGAUUGUCAAGAGAUAUAAAGGACUCGUCAUUAAUGGAUUUCGAUUCCAUACUAAAUCUCGAGAAAGAUUUAGGCGAACUCAAAAUUCUGGAUGUCUUGUUACUUCUUCUACUAUGAGCUACGCCAGUGCUAGGGAUGCAAAUCCAUUGGAAGGAAAUGUUGACUACUAUGGUGUGCUAAAUGAUAUAAUUGAGUUAGACUACUUUAACAAGUUCAAGGUUGUGUUAUUUCGUUGUGAUUGGGCUGAUGUGAAUAAUAGUAGGGGGCUCAAGAAAGAUAGAUAUGGGUUUACAAUAGUCAACUUCUCUCGCACGAUUCACACUGGCAAACAUAUCCUCGAUGAGCCUUAUGUGUUCUCAUCACAAGUAAAGCAAGUUUUCUAUUCCGAGGAUCCAAAAGAACCUGGUUGGUUUGUUGUGAUACGUAAUCAACCAAGAGAAGUGUACGACAUGGGUGAUGAAAUAAUAGAUGAUGGACCCUGGACUGAAUGUUUCCCUUCCUCUCAUGAGAGUAUCUUCAAUGAUAAUGAUGAGGGUCAAUGGGCCCGUGAAGAUGUUGACGAGGACAUUUAUGACUUUUGA